AUGGCUAACUCGGAGAUAAACGUGUUGUCAACAAUUAAGAUCUUAACCACGUGUGCUACUUCCACUGAAAGGACAGACAUGCAGGCAGAGGAUUCUCUGCUGAAAACACUGGAUGUCAUCAUGAUGGAAGUUGAUACAAGACUACAAGAAGACCACCAAGAUCUGCUAGAGGAACUCAUAACUGAACAUAAAUGGAAUGACUUACACAAUACUACACACACACAGUGGAAAUAUGUACAAUAUUGCGUGAAAUUAUUGGAAUUUUAUAUUUUGAAAACAUCCAACCAAUCACAGUUAAGAAUUGAUGAGCAACAUACUUUGCAAACAGUUUUACAAUUGAUUGUUUGUUUUGGAAUCGCUCCAAAUCUGAUUCCAGGUGUUGGAAUUCCACUACAGAAGAGAACGCAUUUUGCAUCUUGCAUACCCUGUAGAUCCACUUCAGCGUUUGACUGUGAUUACCAGCUUUUAUUCUGUGUGAAAUCGUUGAUGUCUUUUUGCCGGCAUGCUUCUCUGGCAUCUGUAAUUUUAACAAAACACUUGACUGACAUUCUAGCAUGUUUUUUGCAAUUAUGCCAUGCUCCAAGGAAGAAAGAUUUAAGUGGAUUAUCUGAACAACAGCGAAAAGAAGCGAUUUUUCUGAAACCAGACGAGAAAGAUUGGUGCAAUCUAGAGUUUGAGAAGUUAUUAGACAGAGUGUAUCAACCACUGUUAAUUCAAGAACUGAUAGUUCUACAAGGGGGCGUGUCGCAUCGAGCACCGAAAUGGCUGAAGUUGAUGUGUGGUGAGGUGUUGUCUGAUAGACUUUUAAAGCAUAACGGCGUGAUGGCGGCUGUCAAAGGUGUGCUCCUCACAACUGCUUGUAAUCCCGGAACCGCUGACUGGCAGAAAUGUGAAGGAUUGGGUCGUCUUAUUGCUAGCUGUCCAAAGAAAAUUCAGUCAGUUGAGGAGUAUUACAGACUUAUAGCUCCUCAGGUAUUAGGAUUAUUGCGCCAUCACGAUGACUUACAAUCACCAUUGAUAUAUCGAGUUGCAAGUCACUGUAUAACUAACAUGUUUCUUACAAAUCGAGAAUUAACACAAAAGUACAUCAUACAGGAAUUGUAUCAUCCUUUCCAAAUCUGCAUUGGUGAUAUCACCGGAGACAGCGACACUAUUCUAUCACAUGAAACACAAGUGACCCAAAGUAUACAUGAUAUAUAUCACGUAUGUUGCUGCAAUACUGACCAUACCAUGGUGUCUUCAUUGAAACCUAUCUUACAACCAUUAUUUCAAAUGUAUUGUUAUUCACUGAAUGGUGUGUCACAUCUCAGAAUUCAAUUGGAAGAGAUUUUGAAAACUUUUUUCAACCAAAGUGAUAGAGAGCUCAGUUUAGAGUAUUUAUCAAGCCUGGUAUUUGCUUUCAAGAAGUCACCGCUACUCACCACUAUGAAUGAGCGUGUGUGUUUCACACCAGGGUCUGAGGGCGGUAUUGUGAUUGAGAUAAGCAGCAGUGACUGUGAUAGAGAUUUUGAGUGCACUAUGACAUCACUGAUAGAACUGUUAGAGAGUUUGAAGAAUAAGUCAUUGACGGCGGAUUUCUUUAUGCAAGUACUUAAGGAAUUCACAUCGAUUCUAGGUUGUUGUGCAAGAAGAUCAGAUACAAAUACACACACAGGUGUGAGUGAUUCGCAAACAUUGCUAGAAUUAGAAAAUCAGCUGUCAAUGGAAAGUCUGAAUUAUAUGCAUACCAUUAAUGUGAUGUCUCUGAUAUCACUUAUGUGCGAGAGACUGGGAGAAAGUAUCUUUCAACGAACGAGUCAAAUACUGGAGUUUAUAGCCACAACAUUGGAGAGGAUGUGCGAGGUUCGUGCCACUGGUGAUAACGUGGAUGACGCUAUAGUAAAUGAUACUGUUACUAUGAUACUAGGAAUACUGUUGUUGGUAUACCAACUAAAUCCACAGAUGAACUCGGACGAGUCUGUCCAGUUAAAAAAGCUAAUACCAAUACUUGGAAAACUGGCUGCCACAUUUGAUGAGCCACUGAUCAAGGAGAUGACCACAGAUUUACAGAUUGCCAUAGCAACGCACGGAGUUAUGAAGCUGAACACUUCAUGUGACACGGUCAAAGGUGCGAAACCUGAGAGGAAUGGACAACAAAAGGUUUUAAGAAAAAAAGAUAAUUUAUCAGACGAAGCAUCACAAGAAGAUGAAAGUAGUCCACCAUCUGUUAAAAAGAGUGACGUGAAAUCGGCAUGUCAGGAAACAAGACAUGAUGAGUACGUGAACUUUGACACUGUGUUUACAGAAUUAAAAGAUCCACUACUACCCGUUCGAGCCCAUGCUAUUCGUAAAAUUACAAAACUGUUAGACAGAAAAGAUGAACAGGCUCUAAAAAUGAAAGAAUCAUUGCUAGAUGUGUUUCAAGAAAAUCUCCAUAGCGAUGAUUCUUACAUGUAUUUGUCUGUAAUACAAGGUUUAGUCGCUCUGGUUGAUGUCAAUACGCAACCUGUGAUGGCGCUCUUGUGUCAGGAAUAUAGAUCAGACAAGAAUAGCGUAGAAAUGAGAUUAAAAAUUGGUGAAGCUUUGAUGAGGGCAAGUCAAAGAAUUGGUGCCAUGUUACCAGUCUACACCAAGCAAUUAAUAGGAGUGUUACUAUCAGGUGCUAAGGAGGACUGUUCAGAUAUCAGAUCCAGUAGUCUAUCAAAUCUUGCUGAACUCUGCUACGUACUGAAAGCAGCCAUAUCAUCAGUUAUUCAUGAGAUUUUGAACUGCAUUAGUCAUGUGAUUAAAACAGAUGAUGUGAAUGAAGUCAGAAGAGCUGCUGUACAUGUUAUACGUCAGCUUUUAUGUGGACUUCAGCAAGAGAGUAUAGAGAUAUUGGAACAUGUUCUGAAGGAUAUGUACGGCAUGUUGAAGUACGUUGUACAACACGAUAAAGACGAUGUAACAAAACUACAUGCGCAAUUAGCACUGGAGGACUUACAAGGCAUCAUGACUGCUUAUAUAUUUCCUAAACAAAGUCUAACAAAAAAGAUUACUGUACUGCCAUAAAUUGAAGUCCAACUAGAAGCAAUUUGUUACUGUGCUUGAUUACCUACCGCACAGUCCAAUAAUCCUUUGCGAUUUGUAGCCACAAAUAUUUGGUGGCAAAAGGCAGCAGUAUUUGGAGAUGUUCUUUAGCCUUGAAUGCUGAAGUCUACUUUUGUUACCCUUGACAACAUAUCUAAUUAAGACCUGCAGCCCCUUGGAAAUUAUGUUCAUUUUGACUACAAUUAUAGAAACUGUCAAUGACGCAGUAUCAUGCAGUUUGCAUAUUUGACUGAAUUAAUUAAUACAGACCGAACAAGA